AUGACACUGGACGACGCUCUUGUACCUGCCGCCACCUCACUCGCUAGCAUGAACAGACUGCAGCUCCAGGCUGCCUGCGUCAAGCUCGGAUUGGAUUCCACCCCUGAAAACGAAUUGCUGCGGAAACAACUGAGAGAGCACGAAGGCUACAUGCAAUCGCACGCUCAUUCUUCGCCUGCCACAAUCACCACAACCACCAGCAUCACCACUACUAUUACCACAGAAGAGACCGAACAGGACAGUGUAGCACACCUGCCAGCUGGCGACACAGACGUUGCUAUGGAGGAUGCGCUUGAGGUCAAGACUGAAGAGUCUGUUGUUGCAACUAUCAAGGUGGAGUCUGAGCAGGAGGAGGAGGAGCAAGAGCAACAGCAGCAGGAGCAGGACAUAGCAGAGGAAGCCGAAGCACAGCAUGAAGAGAUGGCAGUGGAUGAAAUGUCGAUCAAGCAGGAGGCCAUGGAUGAGGAUGUUCAGGAGUCCUUACCUUUCCACGACCCCAUGUUGGUUGAAGUCAAGACCGAGAAGGACGAGACCAAAGUUGUCAUCAAGCAGGAAAAGGAUACCAGCAGCGGCAACACUAUCACGAUCAAACAGGAGAAAGAAGAGGAGACUAUUGUCACCAUUAAACAAGAAAAGGUCGAUGAUAAGAGUCCAGGCGACGAUGUCAAGAAGGAGGACUCGCCUGUUCCUAUCGCACAACGUCGACAGCUAUGGGAGGCUAGAGCGGCGGCGCCCUCCCAGCAGCGGUCCGGUCUUCCUCUGAGCAAGGCUCGCAUCAACAAUCAGUUCACAAAUGUCGCGACCAGGAGAGCGAAUUCUACCACGACAACGCCACAGGUUCAGAAGAGAAGGAGGACUGCGGAUGGCGAAGACGACAUGGAUGUCUCAAUGGAAGACAACAGCAGCCCAACGCCACCUUCUGGAACGGUGAGAAAACUUAUUGGCAGGUUUGCGGGAUCGUCCAUCGACGCACCAAGCUCCCCUGUCGGCAAGAAGCGAAGGGUCGAUCUGCCCACUCCCAAGAGCUCACCUGGUCCGGGCAGCAGUAGCAGCGGCAGCUCCUUCCCAUCUAUUCCCAAAUUCAAGCGUGUUGUCAAAAUCCCCGUGUCAAGCACUCGGUCUGGGAGUAGUCUUUACGCGAUGGGCAACAGCGCUUUUCGUUCAGGGUCAGGAACAGUUGGUGUGAAACGAAGGGCGGCUUCAGACUCGGCAAAUGUUACUACAGACAAGACAUCUCCAGGAUCAACUCCCGCAAUAUUGGCAUCAACGGCUGGGGCCACGCCCAAGAAGGCUUCCAAGCCAGUAUCGGCUGAAACUAUCAAUCGCCUUGCAACGCCGAAAAAGAUCAAUACUCCCGCCUCAACUGCGGCUCUGUCGAAUGUCGCGCCUGUCCCUGCGCCCAACUUUGGAGCCUCCACAUCUACCGCACCCUCGACAGCAACAGUGACCAAGGCCCGAGGUCCAGUCCUCUCUACCGCUGCUCGAGCGGCACAACGUCAGAAGAAAUAA